AUGUCAACCACAAAUCCUUUAUACCAAAAAUUUAUAACUAACCUAGAAAAAAAAGGUUUUUUUAAUGACUGUACUCAACCACAAAGAGAAAUUAAAAUGAAAACUGCUCAACAAUAUUUUGAUCUUCAUUACAGUAAACAAUGUCAUUUUGUUGGAAUGAAACCAAAAGAACAAAAUGUAGAUAUUCAAAAAAAGGCUGAUGAACAUAAAUUAAAAGGAAAUGAAUAUCUAAAUGCUAAAGAUUAUUCUAAGGCAAUAGACGAAUACACAAAAGCAAUACAACUAAACCAAGAAGCAGUUUAUUAUUCUAAUCGUUCUGCUGCUUAUUGUUCAAUUGACGAAAAUGAUUUAGCUAUUGAAGAUGCAAAAAAAGCUAUUGAAUUGGAUCCAAAUUAUGCUAAGGCAUAUGCCCGUUUAGGUAUUGCCUUAACAAAAAAACAUAAAUAUGCUGAAGCACAAAAAGCAAUAGAAGAUGCUCUUAUUAUUGACCCAAAUAACACUGUUUUUAAAAGUAAUCUAGAACAAAUUAAAUGUCUUAUUUUAAAUCAACAACCUCCAGCAUCUUCUUCUAUUCAACAACAAGAAAAAAAAGAAGAACAACCUAAUGAAGAAAAUAUACCAAAAACCACUGAAGAAAAGAAAGACUCUCAUGAAAUUCAUUCAAAUGAACAAGCACAAUCACAAAAUACUAGAAAUGAAGAACCAAAUCCUCAACAACCAAACCCUCUUGCUAAUAUCCUUAGUAAUUUAGUUGGCUCUACUCAAGGAGGUCAAGGAAUAAAUCCUGGAGCUGUUGAUAUAAAUUCAUUAAUGGGAACGUUUGGAAGUCAAAAUGGAAUAGCCUCAAUGGCUCUUUCAUUACUCAAUAAUCCAGCAACAAGGCCAAUGGUUAGUCUGAUUGCUCAAAUGAUAGGAAUGCCAGUUGAAGAUUUACAAAGACACUUAAGUGAAGAAGCCCAAAAUGAAAAUUCAAAUCAAAAUACUUCACAACAACAUCAAACACCACCUGGUUUUGUUUAA